GGCCUAUCCAAGCGUGGCUGGAGAGCUGGCUUCGUCAUUCAACCUCCAGCUCACUCUACCUUGACCACAGAACCUCCAUCUUUGCCUUUUCGCUAAUUCAAUAUCCUCUGCGGUCGCCGCCAAAACGAUUGCCUCUAUCUCUUUCUAAUCCGGUUUAAUUAGAGCGCCCUUUUGUUUUUACUCGACUUCGAACAAUAACUCCACGCGGCUGUCCAUAGCCCCCAGACGUAAUCAUGGCUCCCAAGAUCGAGGCGCAGGAAAUUGAAACGUACUGGAAUAUCUUCUCUACGCGAACAGGAGGCGGCAAGUUCCUUACAGGUGAACAAGCCGCUCCUGUUCUGAAGAACAGUGGCCUCCGAGAUGAUCAGCUAGAACGAGUAUGGGAUCUUGCGGACGUGGAUAAUGAUGGAAACCUUGAUUUCGAGGAGUUUUGCGUUGCCAUGCGCAUUAUCUUUGAUAUUCUCAACGGAGAAUACGCGGAUGUGCCGACGACAUUGCCCGACUGGCUUGUCCCUGAGUCCAAGGCUCAUCUCGUGCAGGCUGGCCAAGCUAUCACCGGAAAGUCAGUACAGUUCGAGCAGGUUGAGGACGACUCGGAGGACCUGGGGCUCAAAGACGGAUUCGAGUGGUACAUGAAGCCUGCGGACAAGGCCAAAUACGAGCAGAUCUACCAGGAGAACCGAGAUAUGCGCGGCGAGGUGGAUUUCCAUGCGCUUAGUGACCUUUACGAGUCCCUUGACGUUCCCGAUACCGAUGUCCGAUCCGCCUGGAAUCUGAUCAACCCCUCGGCGCAAUCGACUAUCAACAAGGAUGCUUGUCUCGCAUUCCUACAUAUCCUUAACUACCGACAUGAGGGUUUCCGAAUCCCCCGUACCGUUCCGGCGUCGCUUCGAUCGAGCUUUGAGCGCAACCAGAUUGAUUAUCAAGUCGACAACCAGCGAACAGGCGCUAACUCGCGAUGGGCCACCAAGGCUGACGACACCACAAGUACCGGCCGUAAGGCUAAGUUCGGCGAUCAAUACCUAACGCGCCUGGGUCGAAGCGGCUUCAAGAGCUCGGGCACGGAUUUCUCGACGGAAAAGACGGAGGACUGGGAAGAGGUUCGACUGAAGCGCAAGCUCCAGGACCUCGAGGAUAAGAUAAAGAAGGUGGAGGAGAUCGCGGAACGCCGGAAAGGCGGCAAACGCGAUUCUAAGCCUGCACUUGUUAAGAAGGAACUCGAUCAAUUGCUCGAAUACAAGCGACGAGAACUUAGGGAAUUGGAAGAGGGAACUGGUAAGAGCGCGGCUGGAGGAAGUCUCAAGAGCAUACAGGAAGAUCUCCAGACAGUCCGGGAGCAGGUUGAGGGUCUAGAGAAUCACUUGAGAACACGAGAGCAAGUUCUUGAGCAGAUCAGGCGGGAGAUUGAAGACGAGAAGAGAGGAUAGGCGAAUUAAUUAGAUUAUGGGUGUGGGUAUGUUGUUUUUACUUUGUAGGAAUAUCAUGGCGCUUUCUUGAAUAGGAUAUCAGGCAUUGCACUACACGCAUUCUCAAUC